GCAUGUUAGGUGAUAGGACUGCAGGAAGAAGGGCACGUAUGCUCAGAGAUACCCAGGGAUUCAUGCUUCUGUAUCACAUCUAUAGGAAUGCCUAGGGCACAGUAUUAAUUCUGUAAUUCAUAGGCUGACAUUUGGGCCAUUGAAACUUACUAUAAUGAACACGCACACUUGAUUGACAUUUAUUUAAUUGUAAUAAGCAUGGGACAAAUGGUGGUGUAAUUUGCACUAUUUAAUAAUCUUAUGACUUUAAGUGUUGCAAAAUAGGUUUAUUUAUAGACGCUAUACUGCAUGUGAGCCUGCAAUACCACAAAUUCACAGCAGGUGGCAGCAACAAUCCUUAUAUUAAACUCCCUGUCUCCUGGAAACACCCAAACAUUGCUAUGCUCCUUGUAAGUGCAACCAGUGACUAAACCUAAAAUAUGAAGAGUGCAGACAGAGAAGAGAGAAUGCAAAAAGAAGCCAAAAAGCAAGUGACAUACAGCGAAACACCGGACAACAACCCAGCAGAAUCUAGAGUGGAGGAGAGCCAUGAAGGAGAAUCUGUAAAUGAGGGUCCGGAGGUGUUUGAGGGUCUCUGUGAGCGGAUGCUGUCAGCUCUGUCCCUUGUACAAACCAGUGUUUCAGAGGUCCUCGACCUGAAGGAUGAAGUGAUUGUUCAUAAUGUGCCAAGCUCUCUGCAGACUCAGCUGUCACUCUGCACGGCUCGGCUCUUUAGAAGCCUGUUGGAUCUUUAUGUCCCCAGCACAGAGCUUGUCCGUCUGGUUCGAGUGUUUGGUCCCCAGUGGGAAAAGAAUCUUUUAACCCUAAAACAGCUGCAGGGAGAACAUGAGAGGCUGCAGCGGCUCCUCUCUUUGGCUUUGCAUCGCGUGCAGAAUGUGGAGGCUCAGUCAAGGAGGGAUGCACGGGCGCAGCCAUAUAGGAACUGGGAGACGCUGUUUGUCAGACUAAUGCGCAUGGGGCCCUACAAACCUUCACAAGAAAUGAUACAAGACCUAGAAGUCAGCAGGUCAGGAGGGCAGACCUCUUCUCAGGAUACAGGAGACGCGGCACUGCAUAAGGCGCCAUUUGCACAUAAUGGGAUGUGAAACAGCAGACAAUGUAAGAAGAGAAGAGAAAUGAGAUGAGGAAUCAAUGGGAAUAAACAAGUAACCGUGGCCUCCUGAACUGAGAGGAUGAUGGGAUAGAAAACCUCACUAGGAGAGAUCCAUGGUUUGGUGUCCAAGUGGAAGAAACUGAGAGUUAAAAUGACUGGAGGCUGAUGAAGGUGCUGAGACAAUAAAGUGCCAUAAUAAACUGUC